AUGGAAUUAACAAAAGAAAAAGACCAAAGAAAUGUUACCACAUUGGUAGAAUUUAUCCUGCUUGGCUUUUCUGAUGUUCCUAAACUCCAAGGAUUUCUUUUUGGGGUGUUUCUGAUAAUUUAUGUGAUUAUUCUGAUUGGGAAUUUUCUCAUUAUCAUACUAACCAAGGUAGAUUCUUCCCUGCAAACCCCGAUGUAUUUUUUUCUGGGAAACUUUUCUGCCUUGGAAAUAUGCUAUGUAUCAGUCACUAUUCCCAGACUGUUAGCAGAUCUUUGUAGGCAGAAUAGAAACAUUUCUUUUCUGGCCUGUGCUACUCAGAUGUAUUUUUUUCUGGUCUUAGGGGCCACUGAGUGCUUCAUUCUGACAGCAAUGUCUUAUGACAGGUAUGUGGCCAUUUGUAAUCCAUUACUCUACCCUCUGAUCAUGAACACUGAACUGUGCAUGCAGCUGGCAACUGGCUGUUGGAUCAGUGCAGUUCCAGUACACAUAGGGUUCACCUAUCUGAUCUUCUCUCUACCUUUCUGUGGACCUAACCAGUUGGAUCACUUUUUCUGCGACAUCCCUCCAGUGCUGAAACUAGCCUGUGGAAACACCUUUGUAAUUGAGAUGCUGAUUUACGUCGUGGCUGUUCUAGUUGUCACUAUUCCUUUCAUGUUGAUACUUGGAUCUUAUGUCAAAAUAAUCUCAACCAUCCUGAAGCUUCCAUCAGCAACCGGGCGUGCCAAGGCAUUCUCCACUUGUUCUUCUCAUCUUAUGGUGGUAACGUUAUUCUUUGGAUCAGGCAUCAUUACAUAUAUGAGACCCAAGUCCAGUCAUUCAGUAGGAAUGGAUAAAUUCUUUUCUCUUUUUUACACCAUUGUAACACCAAUGUUUAACCCCUUGAUAUAUUGUCUCAGGAACAAAGAUGUCAUGGUGGCACUGAAAAAAUUUCUAUCAAAAUGGGUUUUGUCAUGA